UAGAAAUGUCCAAAUCUUUAGCCCUUUAUCUCACUAAUAAUUCCAUUCUUUCAUAGCCAUCUUCUCUACCCUCUUUCCACACACACGCUAAAAGUCCCCUCUAUGCUAAGUGCUCAAGGACCCACGACCAGCACCGCCACUACUAGCGGAGAAACCCGUCAUCACGACCACCGCGAUCAUGAUGAAAAUGAACAUAUCCGUGAUAUCCACGCCCUGACACCACCACACCCGCCACCCGUCCCCCGGGGCCGUUGGGAAACUGGCAGCCAUCAGUCACACUCGACGUACAUGAGUAGUGAAGGAGCUUUAAGUGAGAACUUCAACACCAUGAGCAGAGAGUUCAAUGCUCUGGUUGUAGCUGGUUCUGCUGUAGGAAGUAGUAUGAUCAACAAUAAUGGUAGCUCUGAUCAUAAUAACGAGGAUGUUAGUGGAAACAACUGGUUGGCUCGGAUUGGAGAGGAUGAUGUGCCUGAAGAGAUUAACCCUUUGGCUAUUGUGCCUGAUAAUAACCCGUUGGACCCAGACCCCAGUUCAAGCUCAACAACGGUUGGGAACCACCAGUUGGGCGGUGGUGAGGCGGAGGUGUCGUCGGUGCAGAGAGUGAAGAAAGAAGAGGUUGAGACAAAGAUAUCCGCAUGGCAAAACGCCAAGAUUGCUAAGAUCAAUAACAGGUUUAAGAGAGAAGAUGCUAUAAUUAAUGGGUGGGAGGGUGAGCAAGUGCAGAAGGCUACUUCUUGGAUGAAGAAAGUUGAGAGGAAGCUGGAAGAGAAAAGAGCAAGAGCUCUUGAGAAGAUGCAGAAUGAGGUAGCAAAAGCACACAAAAAAGCAGAGGAUAGAAGAGCAUCAGCUGAAGCUAAAAGAGGAACAAAAGUGGCUAGAGUUCUUGAAAUAGCCAAUUUGAUGAGAGUCUUUGGGAGAGCUCCUGCAAAAAGGUCCUUCUUUUGAUGAGUCUUACUACUGUACUAUUUAUAAAAACAUAUUUUUAAGAAAUUAAAAAAAAAAUGGUACAAAGAAAAAAGAGUGGUGGACAAAAUAAUUGCCCCAAAAUAUUAGGGUAUCCUGCAUCUUUUGAACGUUAGGGUACACUACAUGAAAUGGGGCAGUGAAGAGUUUGAAGUUUCAAGUGUGUUUGUGGUGAGUGCUUGUUGGUUGAAAGUGGUGGAACAACCAUUUUGCCUUGUAUAGUUAAACUGUUUCUUAUAAUGCGAAUUAAUACUUGUUUAAAGAUAAUUAAUUAAGAUGUUCAGUUUUUGGUGCA